AGAAAUCGAUGAUAAGAAAACAUAUUGCUUUGAUGAUGGGAAAGAAAGAACAUUCUGCAACCACACAGCAAAUCGAGGGACUAAUCUCUUCGAGGAGAUAUACCUACAAAGAUAUCAAGAGGAUGACCAAUUCUUUCCAGGAAAAGUUGGGUCAAGGAGGUUAUGGUUAUGUGUACAAAGGCAAGCUUCGAGACGGUCAACUUGUGGCCGUGAAGCUUCUAAAGAAACUGAAAGGCGAUGGAGAAGAGUUUAUUAAUGAAGUUGCGAGCAUAAGCAGGACUUCUCAUGUCAAUGUUGUCAGCCUUCUGGGCUUUUGCUUUGAGGGAAGCAAAAGAGCUUUAGUUUAUGAGUUCAUGCCCAAUGGAUCACUGGAAAAGUUCAUAUUCAAAAGCAACACUUCAGAGGCAAAUCAGCAAUUGAGUUGGGAGACAUUAUACAGCAUCUCCAUGGGAAUAGCACGAGGGCUAGAGUACCUGCAUCAAGGCUGUAACGCCAGGAUCUUGCAUUUCGAUAUAAAGCCUCACAACAUUCUUCUCGAUUGUAAUUAUUGUCCGAAGAUUUCCGACUUUGGUCUUGCUAAGAUAUGUCCUAGAGAAGAGAGUAUCGUGUCGAUGUUGGGUGCACGCGGCACUGCAGGCUACAUUGCUCCUGAAUUGGUCAUAAGGAACAUCGGAGGGGUUUCACACAAAUCGGAUGUCUACAGUUAUGGCAUGAUGGUUCUGGAAAUGGUCGGCGGCAGAAAAAACAUUGAAGUUGGGGUGGACCGUAGUAGCGAAAUAUAUUUUCCUUAUUUGAUUCACCGGCGCCUUGAACUUCAGGAAGAACUCGGGUUGCGUGGGAUCACGAACGAGGAAGACGAAGGAAUCGCGAAGAAGAUGAUCAUAAUCAGCUUGUGGUGCAUUCAGAUUGACCCGAGAGCUCGACCAUCGAUAACUCAAGUCAUGGAGAUGCUGAGAGGAAGUGUCGAGGCCUUGCAAAUUCACCCCAAACCAACCUUGUCAUCCCCCUCAUCGAGAUCCCCCAUAGCUACUACAGACGAGAGUUCGCUGCUGCAAUUUGACAUCGCUACAGCGUCUGUAUAAACUUAUAUGAGAUUACUUAUUUUGAGAUUCUUCUUCCUUUGUUUACUUCGGUGGUAAUUUCAUAGAGAAUCUUGGGUACUUCCAUUCA